AUGAUUUCCUGAAUAUGUUGUACCUUACUUCUUUUAAUAAGAUCUUCCAACGCUAGCGAUUAUGUAAUCUUCCCUCGAGCCUUUUCCCAAUAUUUUUGUUCAAACGCAUCAGAAAUAACAAUCUCUCUUACCGAAGCAUUCUUGUCAGGUGAAGAAAAUAAAGGAGAGUUUGGAAUAUCCCUUUGAAUAAAAAUCAGUGACUCCACAGAUGCGGGACAGAUAUUUGACUUAUAUAGAAUUCAGUAUUUUUUAUUUAGAACAAACUAUGCCUAUAUUAACUAUUUUCCAUUGCUUUACUAUGAUUCAAGCACAAUUAAGCUCACAUGGAAAAAUUCAGACUAUCCAAUUCUAAAUCAAGUUCUUUCCCACUCAAUCGUAAUAUCUACAUAGACAUCUCCUAAUCAAUGAAAAUUUAUUGGGAUUUCCUGUGGCUUUUCUCACUAUCAAUCCCUAUUGUGCAUUAACCAAGGCUCUGGGUCAGUUUGUUCUACAGGGACGUGGAAUGCUGACGUUGGCAUCAAGUUUAACUCCUAUCUUAAAAUGGGAGGAAGUUCUUCGUUCAAUGGCAGAGUAGGAGACUUCAAACUCCACUUGAAUCAAUAUUUUCAAAAAGCAGAUUGGGAUACUCAAUAUUCACUGAGAAACUCUUGCCCAAAUUCAUGCUCUUCUAACCUGAUAUGCUAUUCUCAAGCGGAUCAAUGAUGUCAGUCACAUAACCGUUUCUUGGCAUUGGUUCAGCCUUAUAUGUACUCUACAACCCCGUAUACAGCUCCUACAGUAACAAGCGACAUUAUUUAUGGGUAUGAUGAGAUUUAUCUCGACUGGAGCAGUCCUUUGAGUAGCUCCACUUCUUUUACAGUGACUGGCUGGAUGUACAAAUCAGGCGCUUGCUCUUCAGGCACUUUUCUGAAAAUUGCAUCCACAACUCAUUCACACUCAACUGUUAGCACUACUACUUCUGGCAGCUGCUAUAUGAGCUUCAGCUUGCAUGAUACAAUAACUUCAGCUGAUAUUCAACUUACCCAGUCCUCAUACCCAGGACCCUUUUCUAGCUGGACCUUUUUCUCAGCCACUUCAGAUGGAAGUUAUAUGGAUCUGUAUGUAGCAAAAUCACUGGCAAGUAUUUCUCAUGACACUACAACUGCUACACAUUCCGCGCUUCUCCUCAAACCCUCAGAAAUGGUCAUUUAUGUAGGAGGAACUGAUUCAACUUUAUAUGGAGGAUAUUAUGCAGAUAUUAGACUAUAUCCAGGAGUUGUCAUUAAUUUAGCAGAUUUAACAAGUAAUAUUAUCAACCACGUGCCGGAUUAUUUGUUUCCUGCUUGCACGCUAAGUGGCACUGGUGCUUUUAAUCAAUUUAGCGGAAUUUGGACGUGUCAAAAAUGCCCUGACGGCUAUUGGAUGGAUACAAAUGGAAUGUGCAACAGUAAGCUAUAAUUAGAAUGUCAUGAGUCCUGCUCCAGCUGUUCGGGGUCUAUAGUUGAAUAUAAGUGCACAAGCUGUGCAUCCGGAUAUUAUUCUCAGCCAACCCACAGUAGUUUAUGCUUAAACUAUUGUCCUUUUGGGUACUAUAGAGACUCAACCCUAAAUGCCUGCACAGGAACUGCAGGGAAUAUAUUAGAUGUAUCAUUUGAAAACAACUUAAAAGGGGAUUUCACUUCCAACAACAUUCUUUUAAGCUUUGGAAUGUACUCUGAUCAGUAUUAUCCUACAUUUGACUACUUGGAUCCAUCACCAGCUAUUAAGAGAGGAAUCUUUCUCUCAGUAGACAGAAUUGAAAUCAUCCCUCAGUCAUCGACAGACCAUAAGCUGUUUGGCACCGAUUUCACAAUCCAAAUGUGGGCAAUGCUACUUAGUUACAAGGGAUGCUUGUUUUCAAGCAGUGUAUCAGAUCCAACCUGAUACUAUGUGAAUUAUGUCUCAACGUCACAAUGAAAUCGGACUCAUCCAAUUGCAUAUUUUCUGGACGAUUAUGGCAGACUUGAGGCUUGGUGGGGCAUUAGCAUGUAUGGGGAUGGUAAAACAUAUUUAAGCCCAGUUGCCGCCGAUGUCACCAAAACUGAGUGGGCGCUCUAUGCAAUUUCGAUAAAAUUUGAUGAUACGGCAAUCACAUCUGAGCUGACCAUGAUGAGAAAUACCUUUAGCUAUUCUUAUUCUUCCAUUUCGGGCUAUUAUAAAGAAGCAGGUGGAACGAGACAUUGGAUUGGGUCCUCCACUGGAGAAGGCGCGUUUCAUGGAUUUCUUUAUUCUUUAUCCCUUUAUAACUAUGCAAGAACUCCUGCUCAAGUUCAAGGAGGUCUAGGCUCUUGCAGCUCCUGCUCAGCCUGCCCAUUAUCAUUGAAUUACUGCAUCUCUACGUGCAGUGCAUCCCAGUAUGUUGAUGGAUCUGGAUCGUGUGUAGACUGCAGCAGCAGUUGUGGCUAUCCUUGCUCUAGAAGUGGCACAUGCAACCUAUGCUAUGACGACUUAUGCUACUCAUGCACUAAAUAUGACAUUGGAACCUGCAUAAAAUGUGUUGAUAAUGCAACCUUGUCAAGCGGGCAGUGCAGCUGCUCAGUAGGAUUUAUUCGAAAAGAAAACACCUGCGUUGACGACUGCGGAGAUGGAUACUUUUUAAAUCUCGUUGAAAAUAAAUGCUCUAAAUGCCCAGAUUACUGCAAAACUUGUUUCAAUAGUUCUACUUGUAUGAUAUAGGAUUUGCCCUAGGAUGGCGCUAUAUGGCGCCAUCCUAGGGCAAGCGAAAAUUGGCUCCACACGGGAACCGUAUUCCACGUGUGGAGCCAUUUUUUCCACGUGUGGAAUCACAUUUUUCCCACGGAAAAAAUGGCUCCACACGUGGAACACAAUUCCCGUGUGGAGCCGUGUCUCCAAUUGCCCGAGGAUGGCGCAAUAUAGCGCCAUCCUCGGGCAAUUUCUAUAUGCUAUUCUGACUAUCUAAAAGUGGAUAGUCAAUGCACUUGCCCUGAUGGGUCUUAUAUUGAUCAAUAUGGGAAAUGCUCUCAAUGCAGAUAUCCAUGCAAGACCUGUACUUCUUCAUCAUACAAUUGUCUAACAUGCGCUGAGAAAUCGCCAGUUCUUUGAUCAUCUAGCUGCUUCCCAUGCAACGCAUUUGUAGGUUAUGGAACAAAGAACCCGAGUUCAAUAGGUUCAAAUGAUUUAUUAGCUGAGCUGGCUCAAAAUUGCACAGAAAUCUGUGGAGAUGGCAGGAAUAUGGGAGAAGCUGAAUGUGACGAUGGAAAUACAAUUAAUGGGGAUGGAUGCUCUGCUAAUUGCACUGUUGAAUCUGGGUGGUCUUGCUCAGGUGGGAGUAUGAGCAACCCAGAUACUUGUAUAGACCAAACGCCUCCAAUUCCAAUACUGGCCUACCUUUACGAAACUGGGACAGGCUAUGCUCUCGCCUUAUCUUUUAGUGAGCAAAUUCAGACUUCAACAGAAAUGUCUUCAAAUAUCGAAAUAUCCUUAGAAAGCACCAGAAAAACUGAUUGAACUAUACAAGCCACGCAUUCUAUUUAUACAAUCAAGCUAAAUGUAUAUGAUAGUGUUGCAACUGGGACGAUUGUUUCUCUCAAAUUCUACCAUCCAGAAGUUAUAACUGAUUUAAGCGGAAACAAAAUGGAGACGUCCAAGGUAGAGCUCAGCCUCCCAACUUCUUAUACAUAUUCUUACGGCCAAGCUGUUACCACAACUGUCACAACAGCUACUACGGUUGUUGUUGUCGGAGGAGUCAUUGGCUCAACAAGUGGCUCAUUUUCUGGUGGGCUAUUUAAUCUUCAAGCUCUAUGGGGCAUGGUAGAAAUGAUGCAGCUAAUCAACUAUUUGAUAUUUUUAUCUCCAAAAUACCCAGACAACGUCAAAACAUUUUUAAGCGCACUCAGCAUUGCAAAUGGGAACUUCAUACCCAAUCCAUUUCAGAUGUAUCUCGUCAAGGACGAUCCCUUUCCUGACCCUCCAGAAUCAUUUCUCGAUGAAAAUUUCAAUACAGAUUUUUUCAUGAACGCAGGGCAAUUUUUAUUGCUUUGGGUAAUAAUCUUAUCAGGCAUCCCUAUCACUUUUAUUGCUUACAGAUAUUUUUCAAGAUUUCGACUAGUAAGAUGGAUCAAAAAUGCCUAUUUAUACUCUAUAUUACUUAGGGCAGGCAUAGAAUCAUUUUUAGAAAUUUCGCUUUCAGUGUUUCUGCAAUGAAGAGAAAUCGUCACCCCAGCACAAAACAUUGGCUAUUUUUCCCUCAUAUUAAGCUUCUUGACUUUUGCGUAUCUGAUGCUGACUUUUGUAAUCAUAAUAUGGCAAGUUACAUUAAAGCCUGAAUCAGUCCUUAACAAGGAGCAGCACGAAAGGAAGUACGGGACAUUGUAUGAGAGCUUCAAGAGGAAUUUCAAGAUUUCUACCUCAUAUCUUAUCGUUCAGAAUUUAAGAAGAGUGCUUUUCGUUUUGCUUUGUGUGUUCUUGUAUGAGUACCCAGCAAUACAGGUGUCUCUGUCAAUCUUGUUAUCCUUUUCCUUUACUCUAUCUUUAAUAUUAAUACGGCCAUAUGAGAAAAUGAUCCUUGGGAAUAUCGUGAAUAUUGCAAGCGAAACUUUUUAUUUUGCAGCUCAUUGCAUAAUUUUAAAGUUCCUGGAUAAUGGAUUGUCUGAUAAUGAGCGCACCAAUUUAGGCUGGGGAGUUAUUGCUUUAUUGUCAGUGUCUUUGCUGUUUCAUUUGGUUGCUAAUCUUGUUACUCAAAUUAUUUCUAUACUUAAUGGAAUCAAAAAGGCGAAGGAUUGGUUUAUGAAAAAUUUUGCAAAUAGGUUUAUUAAGAAUUAUGGAAGAGGUGAAAAAGUUGAGAUAGAUCCAAAAGAAAAACUGAAGAAGCAAUUGGUAACUAAAACUGAUGAUGAUAAUGAAAAUUUGGCUUAUUUUGAAGGUAAAGAGUCAGUGGAAAAGGCGAAAAGGGCAACGGUUAUUCAUGAGAAAAAAAUGGUUUCAUUUGAAGUGCAACCCACUUAUCAAGAUACAGCUGGCAGUGAUUAUUUUGAAAAGAUAAAAAAGAUCAAAAAAUAA